UUCUUAGAAGGCCAGCAAAUCGUUGUCACAAAGUUCACAACAGAGCCAAUACAGAAAGCACACGUAAAAAUAGUUAAAGAAAAAUUCCAAUAAAAUAAUUAAAAAAGAAAAUGGCUUCAGAAGAAGACGAGGUAUACACGGAGGACGAGACGAACGAGGCCAUGUUCUUCAUCCGGGAGCAUGAGCUGCCCAUGACGGAGCUGCGCUAUGCCCUCAAGUAUGUGCGGAUCCUGCACGGAGCCCGAUCCCCGGAGAACCAGGUGCUGGCGGACCCAGUUGCCCAGAUUCCGGUCGCGGAGGUGGAGCCACCAGUAUUCAACUGGGAGGACAAGGAGAACCAACCCGUAGAGCGGCACCCAUGAACGUUUUAAAUGGUUAUUUGUCUAAUUUGAGUUGCGUUAAAUGCCUUCAGACUUCAGGACUAAAAACAAUACAUUAUUUGUGAAAAUAGU